UCAAUUUGUGUUCGCGAUAGGAUGGAGCUGACACUCAGCCAUCCGAUUCAAAAUAUAUUCCAUAAAAAUCAGUGCACUAGGAGCUUAUCGUACACACGUGAAUUGUUUCUUUCGUGACGAAAACUUAAUGCCAUUUUAAUUUUAAGUUUUAUUUUUAAAUAAAAAGUAAAUUUAUUUGCGGAUUUCGUUUGUCAUAUUUAAGUGUUUGUGUUUGUUGUGUUUUUUUCGGAUUGAAAAGAAUUUUUUUUGUGAAUUCUGUUCGUCUUUUUGAUUCAUAAAGGAAAUUCUAAAGUGUUUUGGAUGCUGACAAAAAGAUCUUUAUGAUUUUUCUGAGAACAAUACGUUCAUUUUGAAUGGAUGAAAGUGCAUACAUAGUUGAAAUAAAGGACCAACAUAUAGACGAACAAUUUUUAUAUUGCAACAAAUGCAUCAAUUGUUACAUAUAACGAUUGGAGGCUUUAGUAUACCGAACAGCUAAAGGUUGAAGUGGAGCACCACAGACGGGGAGAAUUUUAUUGCUUGAAUAGAUUUGGAAUCUGUGAUACAUUUUAUAAAUUAAAUAAAACAAAAAUGAAAAAUACAAAGAAAAUUGCUCCGGACGGUGGAUGGGGCUGGAUGGCUUGCUUCGGUGUUAGUUUAGUAAAUUUAGCGACAAGAUCAAUCGAACCAUCGUUCGGUCUUCUAUUCGGCGAUCUUCUGGGAGAUCUUGACGUGGGCACAACAGGAGCAGCGAUUAUUAUGAGUGCCUUAGAUGUGUGCAUGAAUUUUUCUGGACUAUUCGUUGGGCCACUGUUGAAAGAAUUUUCCUAUCGUAAAGUAGCAUUGGCCGGUUCAAUACUGUGUGGAUUAGGAUUAGCAUUGACUUCGCCAGCAAAUAGUAUGGCUCAUAUAUUGAUGACUUACAGUGUGAUUAAUGGAAUCGGCGUAGGAUUGGCCACAUCAGCAGCCUUUGUCGCACUGAAUCAUUAUUUUAAACAUAAACGUGGUCAGGCUGUUGGACUGUCUAUGGCUGGCACAGCGUUAGGUAUGUUGAUCAUUCCACAAUUGGUUCGAAUUCUUUUAGAAGAGUUCGGAUUUCGGGGAGCUCUUUUGUUGAUCAGUGGACUCUCACUGCAUGCCGCUGUUGGAUCGACGCUUCUUCAGCCGAUUAAAUGGCAUCUGAAAGACGAAGUGAUUGACGUUGAGAUGACACAAAUUCCGGAUAUGGUGCCGAUAAAAGAAUCGCCAAAAGAAAACGAUGACGAGGACGAUUUGCCGGAAAUGAAAAAUCUAAUUCUUUCGAGUAACAAGAAAAUGCGCAAGAAUUUCUCCGAGGUGGCUAUUAGCUCGAUGAACGGUAGUGGAGGCAUGCCGAAACGACCGACCUUCCACCGUGUCUUCACGAACGUUGUUAAUACGGGAUCAGGUGGAAUGUUGUCAAAUACAGACAUAAGCCUGCGAAAACGAAAAGCUUCGGUGAUUUCACAUUUAUCGAACUUGGAUUUUACUGGAAGUAACUUGCAGGUGCAUAUGAAUAUUGGUGAUGACGAAGCAGAAGAAGAAGAUCGGGCACUACGUCGGGUGAAUACAACGUUGGAAAUGUCAACCGCACAUCGUGACUCAUUGGCAUUGUUCAAAAAACCGUCAAUCGAAAAUGGAAAGGCACUGGAUCAGGGCAUCGAAAUGGCACCGCCAAAGCUCGGAUUUUGGCGACGAUUCGCUAAUCUGAUGGACGUGGACAUCCUAAAAGACAAAAUCUAUCUGAACAUUUUGUUUGGACUGUCGAUAUUUUAUGUGGCCGAAAUGAAUUUCAAAAUGGUGACACCAUUCUUCUUUGCCAAUUUGGGGUAUUCCAAGGCUGACGUGGCAUACUGUUUAUCCAUGACUGCAAUCACGGACAUCGCGGCCCGUGUUGUACUGCCGCCAAUAUGCGAUCGUUUCAACGUACGAAAGCGAUUGAUAUUUUUCAUAUCAAUUUUUUUCGUCGCUAUCACCAGAUCAAUUAUGGCAGAACAAACGGACUGGACACAGCUAAUGAUCUGGCUAUCAAUAUGCGGUUUUUUCCGUGGCGCUGCUUUAUCAAAUUUUACAUUGACUGUGUCCGAAUACUGUUCUCUGGAGAAAUUACCGGCCGCCUUCGGUUGGCAUAUGGUCGGCAAGGCUAUUUUUGUAGUACUGUUUGGACCGUUGAUUGGUUUAAUUCGUGACGUUACUGGCAGUUAUCCAUUAUGCAUCCAUUCUCAAAGUGUUUGCAUUUUUAUCUGCUGUAUAGCCUGGAUUAUUGAAUAUGUUGUGCUGAAAUGUCGUGCCAAAAAGCCUGAAACUACUUAAGUUUUGUUCGUCGAUUUAUUUUUAUUUGAAACGACACACACAUAUUGUUCAACUGCAGCACGUGUACUUAGCGGAUAAGCUUAAACAUCGACUUAAUUUUUUACAAAAAAUAUCGAAUGAACUAAAAUUUGAGGUAAAAGUUGUUUUUUAGCACAGAUCAUUUACAAUAUUUUCAUUAGACAAGACGCUGAAAAGAAGAGCUCGUACAAACGUCUUUAAGUAAAGGAGAGCUUCUUUUCCUAUUAAAUUAAUUAUUUUUUUUGUUUCGUUUAAAAUGUGAUCAUUGUAGGUUUACCAAAUUAGAAUAAAAAAAACUUUAAAUUUUGUGACAUUCACUCCCACAACCCACACAUAAUCUUAUGUUUUCCUCUCGAUAUAUUUAUUCGUUAAGCCAUUUUAAAUAUUCAAACAUCGUCCUCUAAUUCCAUUAUCAGAUCAUAGCAUUACCUAUUGCGUCCGUACAGCCUUUGAUCGUAGAUUCGUGCCGAAGCAAUUUUAUCGAAUGGUUAAACAUAGAUUCGCACACCACACUAAGAUAUACAAGAUAUGUGCAGUGACCUUAGAGGGGAAAGUUCCUGAAUGUCUAAAUUGGUCGUAUCGAUCGGGCAAUUUAGACAUCUAGGUGCACAUUCGUUUGUUCAAUUCACUCAUUAAACUGUGAACGGUCAGUGUUGAAGUAGCUCCAGCAUCGAUAAUAAAUACUACAUAUUUGAAAGCUGUAAAGUUGUGCAGACUUCCUAAGUUCAAUUCCAUUCAGAGUUUUGAGUACUGGUACCAUCCACAGAUGAUUAAAAAGAAAGAAAAAUUAGGGAAAUGCGAAUAGUUUCUGAUCUGUACCAUCGUUAAUUAGUUGAUUGACGAAUUAGAUUC